AUGAUGAAUGGCACCGACCUCAAGAAAGCCGCCAUCAGCCAGGCCAAGAAGGUUGCGACAACCGCAGCCCUCGCAGCAAACGGAAACGGCCAGAAGAAACGGCGGAAAGGCGACAAUCUCAAGCCCAUCAUCACAACCGAGAACGCGACCUCGUCGAGUCUUCAUGAUAGCCCCACUCCAGCCGACCCAGACGCCAUGGAUUCGCCUCUACCUCACGCGAAGGCCCCUGCAAAUAACUCACAUCUUAACAGAUCUCCCUCUUCUUCCACCUCCGAAGACGACCCCGCCGAAACCACGGCCGACGAAGAAGACUCCGAAGAUUACUGCAAGGGUGGAUACCACCCCGUCCAUGUGGGCGAAACAUACAACAAUGGCAGAUAUGUGGUGGUGCGGAAGUUGGGCUGGGGUCAUUUCUCCACCGUCUGGCUGUCAAGAGAUACGACGACCGGAAAACAUGUCGCCCUGAAGGUGGUUAGGUCGGCGGCGCAUUACACAGAAACAGCCAUCGACGAGAUCAAGUUAUUAAACAAAGUCGUCCAGGCAAACCCAAAUCACCCUGGUCGGAGAUAUGUCGUCAGCCUCCUCGAUUCCUUCGAACACAAGGGCCCCAACGGUGUCCACGUGUGUAUGGUCUUUGAAGUCUUGGGAGAAAAUCUGCUGGGCCUCAUCAAGAGAUGGAACCAUCGGGGCAUCCCGAUGCCAUUGGUUAAACAGAUCACCAAACAAGUGCUUCUGGGGCUAGACUAUCUGCAUCGCGAAUGUGGCAUCAUCCAUACUGAUUUGAAGCCCGAAAAUGUCCUCAUUGAGAUCGGCGACGUCGAACAAAUCGUCAAGGCAUUUGUCAAAGACGAGAAAGAGACGACAAAAGAUGACAACAGAAACGGACGGAGACGCAGACGAACUCUGAUCACCGGUAGUCAACCUCUCCCCAGUCCGCUCAACGCCAGUUUCACGAGUUUAGAUAAGCUGGGGGGCCACCAUCACCCCCCCAGUAGCCUGAACCAAGUUAUCAAUGACUCGGUCUCAAACAAAUCGACGGACGGCCUCUCCAUGAUUGAGCAACUCAAGCUGAAAGCCAAAGAGAACAGGGCGAAUGAGGAACAGUCUGCCAGUGGCAAAGCGAGAGAAGGCACGACAGAUCCGCUCGAAAAGGAUUUGGCUGGGGUUUCGCUCGACAACAAGAAGUCGUCAGAUGUGGACAAAGUGUUGAAGGCGGUCAAAAAUGAAGACGAACCGGUGAGCGAGAUUAUUUCCGUCAAGAUCGCAGACCUGGGGAAUGCCUGCUGGGUGGGCCAUCAUUUCACGAACGAUAUUCAGACCCGGCAAUAUCGAUCGCCCGAAGUGAUACUGGGUGCCAAAUGGGGCGCCAGUACAGAUGUGUGGAGUAUGGCAUGCAUGGUAUUUGAACUGAUAACAGGCGACUACCUCUUUGACCCGCAGUCUGGAACCAAGUACGGCAAAGACGACGACCAUAUCGCGCAGAUUAUCGAAUUGCUGGGUCCAUUCCCGAAAUCGUUGUGUCUGUCAGGGAAGUGGUCACAAGAGAUCUUCAAUCGCAAAGGCGAGCUGCGCAACAUUCAUCGAUUGCGGCACUGGGCCCUCCCCGAUGUGCUGCGGGAGAAAUAUCAUUUCUCUGUGGAGGAGGCCAAGCGGAUUAGUGAUUUUUUGACCCCCAUGCUCGAACUACCGCCCGAAGCCCGUGCAAACGCGGGUGGGAUGUCGAAUUCGGAGUUCUUGAAGGGCGUCAAGGGCAUGGACAACGUCAAUGUGGAUGUCCCUGUUGGAUCGAAAGGCGAAGGGAUUGAAGGUUGGGCAUGUGAGGUUAAAAAGCGAUGA